GCAAUGGUAUAUCCUGAUUUGGCCCCACCAGACUGAUUUAGUGCUUAAAGGUAAAAAAUCACUCAAUCUGAGAAAACUGACUUCUCAUCCCUGACGUCAUUUAGAAUACAAUUGUUUAAAUGGUGAUUCUGACCCUUAGUUUGAAUCGGACAGUUUUCUACAAUCUGACCAAAGUGUACAUCCUUCCAUGUUGUCUAUUGAUAAUACAUCGCUGGAUCUCCCAGUGAGCCUGCCCAAGUUGCCUACUGAUUCUUUACCCUAGGAAGAAGCAAUGUAUUUAUCAACUCAACUGUUAGAGCACGUUUUACAAUAAUUUGUUGGUGGCACAGACAGAUGCCAAAACGAGAAAAAAGCUGGUGAACAUACUCAAUGAAUUAAAGUUUAAAAAGAAAACAAUCUAGUCUUUUUUAGGGAAAAGAGAGCAACAUUUGCCAAGUGUUCACUCCUUUUCAGCAAAAACAAGUAUUUCUGUGUAACAAUACAAGAUCGAGGUGUGGUGGUGCACACCUGUAAUCCCAGAACUCCGGAGGCCAGGCAGGAAGAUUGCUAUGAGUUCAAGGCCAACCCUGGCUACACAGUGACUUCAUGCUCAGCUCGGUCAGCUCAGCAAGACCGUGUCUCAUAAAGCAAAAAGAAAAACAGUGUAAGGCUUUAUCAUAGCCAUUUUAUAGAUGAGGAAGAUCAAGGCUAAAAGCUAUUAUAUAACCCACCAGGGUCACCUAUCUAGUAAUUAACAUGGAGCCAAGAGCUGCGUGCUUCGCACUAAACACCCCAUAUUUUAAAGGCAUUCGAUGUUGGAGGAUGUGAGAUGGAUCAAGAUUGAUCAAGCUCUGAGGGUCCCUAGCUGACCUUAGGCAACUUGUUUAACUUUUCUUAAAGUCUUCAAUUUUCUCACCUCUAAAAUAUGGAUGUCACUCUGCACCUAAAAGCCAAUGGUUAAAAUGGAACAAUGCUUCAAAAUAUCACUUAAUAGCUGAGGGCCAAGAUUUCAUAUUGCUAAGUUUCCCAAGUCCCAAUUUUAGAGGAAGACAGAUGGUACCACAGGCACAAGGAAGGGAGAGCACCGUGACUUUAAGUAUAAACUUUAUUGUCAUCUCAUGCCAUACUAGCAAGCAAAAUAAGAAGAAGAAGAAUAUUUAACUAGAAAGAUAAAGCAAAACUUCAAGGUCCAAAUAAAAACUCUGAAGAAGUUACUGCUACCAAAUCCCUACUAAGCAGUGUCAUCUAACAGACUUGUCACAAACCUAUAUUUUUCUAUUAGAAUGUAAACAUUAUAUUGAAAAGAUGUCAACAGUUUUUCCUUUGAAAUGUGAGUAAAGUGGUAACAAAAUUGCUGAGCAAUGAAAAUCCUCCCAGAUCACUAGAAACAUAAAAAUAAUUAAAGGUAGAAGAGAGAUCCCAAACCCAUCAACACAGCAGUCACAGUAUAAACACACUCCAUCGCCAAUCACUGCCCUGUUUUGUUUUUGAGACCCAUCAGUUUUCAGCAGUGACACUAAGCUGUGAUGUGCUGCCAGCCUUCUCUGGUAUUCCUGGUCCAGUUGAGACAUCAUUUGGGCUGCUGCAAGAGGCCUCAGCAAAACCGAGGUCACCUCCAGACCCCUCUUCUGAGACAAGAAGAGAAACACCUUCAUCUGAGAAAGAAGUAUUAAGACAGAAAAAUUAUUCAGGGGCACUCAACCAGGAUGAAUCUAAUGACCUCUCAAAAGAGAGAGGGAGCUACAAAGGGAGCGAUCGAGAGUGGGUCAUCGAACCAGGAAACAGCAGAUCCAGGACUCAAAAGUUGGCAGCUGGAGGCAGCGGCUACAUUUCUAAACCACUGGCUUCCUCUGCUACAGGAAGGUUCAACUGACCCCAGGAUGGCCCCACCAAAACUGCACAUGCUUUUCUGCCUCUCUGGAUUCCUGGCACUGGUCCACCCUUUUGACCAGCGAGACAUAGAUCCUGUUACUUAUGUCCCAUCAUCAGCAUGGACCCAAAGAACACAAUCAGAGCUGCUCACUACCAGCUUUGGCCACACAAAAAUCCCCAAGGGAAGUGGACCUUACUCCGUGGGUUGUACAGACCUGAUGUCUGGUUACACUAACCAGAGCAGCUUUCUGCGAUUGUAUUAUCCAUCACAAGAUAACGAUUUCCCUGAUGCCCUGUGGAUCCCAAAUGAAGAGUAUUUCCGGGGUAUUAGUGAAGUCUUUGAAUCAUCUAGUUUCCUGGGCAAAGUUUUGAAGUUGUUAUAUGGCUCAGUGAAGGUUCCUGCAAAGUGGAAUUCUCCUCUGAAGACCGGUGAAAAAUACCCACUAAUUAUCUUUUCUCAUGGUCUUGGAAUAUUCAGGACAAUGUAUUCUGCUAUUGGCAUUGAGCUGGCUUCUCAUGGGUUCAUAGUUGCUGCUGUAGAACACAGAGAUGAAUCUGCCGCUGCCACUUACUACUUCCAGGACCCGUCCGCAGCACAGUCAGGGAACAGGUCUUGGAUCUACUACAAACAUCAAGAACCAGAGACGGAAGAGCGAAAAACGCAGUUACGGCAGCGAGGAGAGGAGUGUUCCCAAGCUCUCAGUUGGCUUCUCAGCAUUGACGAAGGAGAGCCAGUGAAGAACGUGUUGGAUUUGAAGUUUGACAUCCAGCAACUGAAGGGCUCUCUUGAUAGGAGUAAAGUAGCAAUCAUUGGACAUUCAUUUGGUGGAGCAACAGUUAUCCAGGCCCUCAGUGAAGACCAGAGAUUCAGGUGUGGCAUUGCCCUGGAUCCAUGGAUGUUCCCAGUGGGGGAGGACGUCCACUCCAAAAUCCCACAGCCCCUCUUUUUUAUUAACUCCGAAUACUUUCAAAGUGAUAAGGAUACCAAAAAAAUAGAAAAGUUCUACCAACCUCAAAAAGAAAGAAAAAUGAUUGCAGUCAGAGGUUUGGUCCAUCACAAUUUUGUUGACAUCACUUUUGCCACUGGGAAAAUAAUUGAACAAUUGUUAUCAGUGAAAGGAAACAUAGAUUCAGAGGUGGCUAUAAACCUCAUCACCAAAGCUUCGUUAGCAUUCUUACAGAAAUACUUAGGACUUGAUAAAAAUUUUGACCAGUGGAACUCUCUGAUGGAAGGAGAUGACGAGAAUCUUAUUCCAGAGGUCAUAGUACCCACCACUCUGCAGAGCGAUCCAGGAGCAGAGCAAAGAAAUCUAGACUAAAGGCAGUUAAAAGGGCGAUGAAAACUAUCUAAAAGAAAGGUUGUGUGUGUGAAGAGACUUCAAUGUGUUUUCUGAGGUCACUCAUAUUUUAAAACGUGGGCUAUGCUGUAACACUGACAAAGCCUUGGGUUAAGAAAAUUUUCCCUUAAAUGUAAAGAAAGAAUAGAGUAUUUUUAAAAAAUCAUAUCAACCUAGGUUAUAAUUUUACUAAAGUGAUCCUUUUUGAAUGUCAAAAUUAAAGACUUUUUACAAUA